CCAAACAACGAAGAUUCAUUUAUAGCAUUUGGAAAUACUUUUUGAGAAAAAAUUUUAAACACCUUUUAUUAUGUUAGUAGGUAAUUGUGUCUAUUUUUGUCACAUAUGUUUUUCUGGAGAGGUAGUUAACUGAUAUUUCGGCGUGCGGAAACAAACUUGAUCAAAAAUAUACGAAAUCAUUCAGAGUUUUUUGCUUCAAGUAUUGAUGUGAUCUCCAAGCAACAAAAUGUUAAAAGUGAAAGAAAUAAGUUUUAAAAUGUUGAAAAUAUGGCUAUUUGCGACAAUAGUGCUUGACUUAGCGCCAACUCAAGGCGAAAGUUAUCCAAACCAGCCAAUAAGCCAAUACGGGAUGGGGACGGCCAAUUCAAAUCCCCCUUACGUCGCACCGCCUGUUAUACCUCCAAUCUUCGCAGCUGAUCCAAAACUGCCAGCAACAGGAAACUAUUUACGACCAAACUUGAGGCCUGAAGUUCCAGUACCGGGAAAUUAUCUGAAACCAAAUUCCCGACCAAGUCAAACUCCGGGAAGUACGAACCUCCGCGACAUGAGUCCUCAGGAAUUGUUGCAACUGACGAGACCUGCGCCUCCAGCUGGGGCGCUUGGCUCAAAUGUUCCUCCUGUGAGGGCAAGCGAAGUCUCUUCAACCGCCACAAAUUUCCCAACUUCAUUAAUGCCCAGACCCGGUGCCUGCCCUCUCAGGCAAUGUAAUUCCCUGUCGUCAAGUCAACCACGCCAGUGGUGCCGGUCUGACUUCGAAUGCUCGCUGAACGAAAAGUGUUGUCAGGAUCCGUGCUGGACGAACAUCUUCUCCUGUGCUCCAGCCGCGGUGGCUCCGCCUGAGGUCCAGCCCAGCGCUCCGACGUGUCCAGCUCAGACUCCUUGCCCAGAUCCCAGGUUCAAACUGGUGUGCGAGUCGGACAAAGAGUGUUCACGGGGAUUUAAAUGCUGUCCCGACCGUUGCCUGUCGAUGAACGUCUGCAAGCAGGCCGUCAUUAACCCUCCAGAGGUGGUACAACCUCCAGGGUUGGUGCAACCCCCAGGCGUGGUACUACCUCCUUUCAAUCCCUAUGCCCCUUUUCAACCGCCUUAUGGUCCUGGACCAAUCAUUCCGCCACCGCCUGUAACCAAUAAAUGCAAUUACUACUGCCCGGGCACGCUUGACUGUUGCGACAAUAUUUCACGCAGUGGCUCAUGCCCAGCCAUGGCUCUCUGCUACUCAGCUCAGCAGUCGCAGGCUAUGUUAUCUCAGUUUACGCCCUGUUCCGUGGAUGAUCACUGCCAAGCGUCCCAUAAAUGCUGCCUCGACCUUUGUCUACAAAGGCAAAUCUGUCUUCCUGCUGUUGCCAGUCCCACUGAUCAUCCUGGGACGUGUCCAGCCGAGGACUGCCGCGCACCGCAGAGCAACAAGACACCGUGCACGAGUGACCGACAGUGCCAGCUGUUCCAGCGGUGCUGUGCCAGUAGCUGCACUCCCGGACGGUCCUUCUGUAUGGACUCUUAUGACGGCUUCAUUGAUCAAAACCCUGCACCGCCCGCACCCACGUGCAACAAGUACUGUCCUGGGAGCAACUACUGCUGUGAUGGAGAAAGCAAAAGUGGUUACUGUCCUUGGACGAAGCUCUGCCAGCCGCCUUUUACGGUCUCUCCUGUGUGCACUUCAGAUUACAACUGCGGCGAUGACGAGAAAUGUUGCCCCAAUUCCUGCACCAGAAACUCCGAGUGCAGCGCCAUCGUCCACUCACCUGAUGAUCACGUUGGCACUUGUCCGACCCUGCGAUGUACUGGUCUAGCUCCACCCAUCGGAAAACUGAACCAGUGCGAGAAGGACUCAGACUGCUUGCUUCACCACAAGUGCUGUAAGGAUUGUUCCAACAAUUAUGGCUGUGUCGACCCUUCUGGGAAUUCAAGUAGCACAUGCCGUAUUCUGUGCCCAGACAAAAGGACCUGUUGUGACAGCAUGCAGAAAAAUGGCUUCUGCCCUUCUAAGUCUCGUUGCUCAGCGGCGUCCACAGCUCCGUUCCGCCUGUGCAACGAAGACAACGAGUGCAGCGGGUCGAUGAAAUGCUGUCACGACAACUGCUUGGAUAGAAACAUCUGUCAAGCGCCUGCUUCUGAAGCAGAUGCUCACCCUGGCUCCUGCCCGGCUACACCAUGCGACCCCAGUACGGCACGCAAGUACAUUUGCCACACUGACGCCGACUGUUUCCUGGAGGAGCGCUGUUGUAUGAAUCUAAAUGGAUUUAAAGAAUGCCAGCUAACUACGUGCACAAGGAUCAGUCAGUCGCGAUACAUGGGCGCAGCCUCUUCUCCUCCUCAAUCGUCCGUUAUAUACACUCAGUCAUCUUCCUCCCAUUUGAGAAAUCCCUACGUAUAUCCGGGAAGUCCAGGACAAGCCUUAGCAAACCCAGGACAAGCCUUCGCAAACCCCGGACCAGCCUUCGCAAACCCCGGACCAGCCUUAGCAAACCCCGGACCAGCCUUAGCAAACCCAGGACAAACCUUAGUAAACCCAGGACCAGUCUUAGUAAACCCAGGACCAGAUUUAGCAAACCCAGGACCAGUCUUAGCAAAUCCAGGACCAACUUUAGUGAACCCGGGACCAGUCUUAGCAAACCCAGGACCAGCCUUAGCAAACUCUGGACCGCCCGUAUUGAACCCUCAACUACCACCGGGCGCGUACAAAUCUCUCCCAGCUCCAAACCUCGCACAACGACCUAAACCUUACCCGCCAUCAUCCCAAGGCUACAAGCCAUCCACGUCGCAGAAUGUAUCACCCGAGGCCUCUACUUCUCCUGACCGGUGCCAAUUUCUGUGUCCCGACAGCGAAAUUUGCUGCGAUGGAGUAUCAAAGCCAGGCUACUGCCCCUACAGCAACAAGUGUUUGGGCUACGUGCCGUCGCUAAUGAAAUGUCCCAAGGAGGACCACGCAUGCAAUGGAACAGAGAAGUGCUGCUGGAGCGAGUGUCGCAGGGAGUUCUACUGCACUCCAGCAGUCAACAACGUCAUCGAUCACCCUGGCGCCUGCCCUUCUGACUUCUGCAGCAGAGAUGCUGACUCAUCAGUGUGUCAAGAUGACAGAGACUGCAGACUGGACGAGAAGUGUUGCUUAGAUCCUUGCCAGCGAAGCAGGUUGUGCAAGCGAGCGCAACCGAGGAACGAAACCCAAAUAAUUAGCACACCUCCAUCCCACACGUGUUAUUUCUUCUGUCCAGGAACCCGGGAGUGCUGUGACGGCCUGGAGAAGCCGGGCUACUGUCCAAACACAAACUUCUGUCCAGAAUCCACUUCAAGUUUGCUCCAACUUCAGCAUAAGGAAUGUGCCGAGCGAUCAGACUUUGAGUGCGGCGCUGGCGAGAAGUGCUGCUGGGAUCCGUGCCUUCAGAAGCACCUUUGCCGCCGCAGUGCGAGCGAGCCUCACGAACAUGGCGGCGAUUGUCCAUCCGCCCCUAACGGAAAAUGGUGCUCCACCUCAGCUAGUGCCAGGGCAUGUGCGGAUGACGUCGACUGCGCGCUUGACUCAAAGUGUUGUGAAGACCAUUGCCUGCAGGCUACAGUCUGUACGGGCACGUCUCUGCCCGUGCAACGAUGUCGACGCUAUUGUCAGGGUUCAAAGGAAUGUUGCGACGGAGCUGUGAAGCCAGGCUUGUGCCCUGCAGUUGCGCUGUGUCCUCCCUCCUCCAGUACAACACUGCAGGUUUCCGACUGCACUGAAGACUACGACUGUACUGGAGCUCAGAAGUGCUGCUUGGACCCUUGUUCAGCUGCCAAGUCCUGCUCGUUGACGGUCAUCCGGCCUUUUGAACAUUUGGGGGAAUGCCCGAACAUUUCAUGCUCUUCACAAGCUGCUGUGGCGAGACGUUGCACCGCUGACAUCGACUGCUACACCCACGAGAAAUGUUGCUCUUCGUCGUGCCCUCCUGUGUCGGGACCCAAGCUUUGCUACCCAUCAAUAAAUCGACCAGACCUUGGCGAACCCUUUAUCCAUGGAGGGGGGGACGCGGGUAACCUGCCUGGCGCUGGAGGUUCUCACUCCACGGGGGGCUCGUCGGUUACUGACGGCACGCAGCCGACGAGAUGCCGGCGGCUGUGUCCAGGAUCCAAGACUGAGUGUUGUGACGACCAAGGUACGGAUGCUGGUUGCCCCAUCCAGACCACAGGCUGCACAGACGUCAUUUCCAACAAGGUUAAUGAUUGUGAUGUACAAAAUGACUGCUCACCUGGCGAGCAGUGCUGCUAUAUGACGUGUUUAAAGAAAAAAGUUUGCAUCAUAUCAUCAGUCGACACCGCUGCGCCGAAGACGGUUAACGUGAGCGUGGUAUUCACAUCGCUCUCCUUAACGCUAAGCAGAUUUGUAUCCGAUGAACUCCUGCCGCUGGUUGCGGGUGACCAGCAUUUCAACUUGGAGCUCGUCCCGUACACGGCGCACUUGAAGGGCGACUGCAGAUUUGUUCCCGAGGACUGCGAGGGGCACAAGUAUCUUGUUUGUGCCUACGAUGAAUUCCCUGAACUGCAUCUCAUUUUCACGAAUUGCUUCCUUAAACAACUGACCUCUGGGCUGCCACCAGCACCCGCUGCCACGAAGUGCUCGUCGGGGGUGCAGACCGUAGGGAACCGCUUGACAAGCUGCGUAAACGGAAGCAGGUCGGCGACUCUCAUAUCUCAGAGCCAGGGAAGACAACAGGAGCUUAUCAAGAACCGCAAACCCAGCCGCCUGCCUAAAGUCUUCGUCAACGGGAAUGCGGUUUCGCCUUGGCAGACUGCUGCUGAAGUGCAGGCGACAAGAUCACAGAACGAAUAAUUGAAAUUUGUCAACGAAAUCUUUCAAUUAAAUUAAUGCCUAACGCAGUGCAAAGAACGGUUUCACUUCUAAUAUGAACUUCGAACAUCACAAUUUAGCUUUAAUACUCUCAAAAUGGUAAUUGAACUUCCACCGCUGAACUUCAUCUCGUUUACUAUACGACUGACAGUGAAUAUAGACUCCGUUUCGGUGGAAGCUUGGCAGUAAGUUUACGUUGAUAAGGUUGCUCGGAUGAAAGAAAACAUAAUCUAAGGAUGGGAUUCCUGUUCAACAAAAUCAUUCAAAUAAAUAGGUAAACAA